AAUAACUUAUCUUUGUCGGGCGGUAGGUAAAUUGAGUAAGAUGGCACAGGUGGUACACUUUCAGAUCUUUGUCGGCAAAAUCAGCUUCCUUGAGCUUUAUUUCAAUCCAUUCCCAGUCGUUGGCGCCUGCCAUUGUUUUGUGGGUAGACAGUGGAUAAUGUAGAAAGUGAUAAUCCAAAGGUUAUAUGUGUUUUCAUUUUAUAUUCGUAACUGAUUGACAGAAUAACUGCGCUGCUUUGUAAUUGUCCAAACUGGCAAACAAACUGAUAUCGGUAUAGUUCAAAAUACAGUCUGUUAUAUCGGGAAGCAAUAGAGCAAUAGACACCAUGAUGCACUUUAUAUAAUUUGUUUAUCCUGUUGUAAGGCUGUUUAUGGUUUCACUAAUACUUGAUUUCAUAGUUUGUGUGGCUAAUUCAGGCAGACAGAAUUGUCAUAAGUUUUCCUGUUUUGCUUGACGAUCUAAAACGGAUGCUGCACAUUGUAGCCAUGGACAGUUUCAGUGAGCUAGGAGAAACAGGCUGCUGCAGGUUUCAGUGACUCAGGUCAGAUAAGACAGUCGACAACAGUUCUGCUGUUCUUCUCGCUGUUCUUAUUUAGUUCGGUUACGUCAGUUCACGGCCUGGAGCUGAUGGAACAAGGUCUCUACACACACCACCCUGAUCCCCCCUUAGAUUUGCUCUUAGCGGGGAUUUAACUGAAUGUCGAGUUUACAAAAUCUUGUCUGUGUCCGUUUGACAGCUCCUGUGUUUGUUUUUUGAGAGGGGAUGGAGUGGCUGGUGGCAGGGUGAACGUUAUUUCGUCAGUGCAGCUUGCGCUAGAGAGCGGUUAGUACCAGCUCACCACAGAUUAUCUAGAAUUCUUUCACCACGUCCUGGAGUGUAAUGAGACUCACAUGGGCACACAAGCUUCAUGCUCAGCUAACCGUGUUAACACCACUCAUAGUAAACUGAGGAGGAGUCCUGACAGCGGGAAAAGGAUUGGGUGUUUUGGCCACCCCAGAUGCCGUUGUGUCUCGUCCAGUGCCGCAGUUGUCCAUACCUAUCAAUGGUAACUUUGUAAUUGUGCGAGAAGCCGAUGAAGCCCUUCUUAUUGAUUUCUCAGUAGCUUCCUCUGUCAGGAUACGAAUCAAAGGAGAAAAAGCCCCAGAGCUGUUGCUGGAACUCCAGGACGAUGAUCGGACUCAGACUUUCAUUGCCCAGGUGAAGAGUGCCCAGCAUCAAGUUGAAUCCAAACCCAAAGCGAUGGAGCCGCUUACGCCAGCAGCACAGAGAGGUCCAGUUCCCAUCCCUCCGCAAAGAACAACCAAGAUGGCAAACACCGUGGGAGUUAACCCGCCUAAAUCUACCAGUGCACUAACACCAAACAGCAACAUCACUUCGACAAAUCGGAAUAACACAGAUCCAGCUCUAUCCCUUGCCUCAGACUUUGGCUUUGAGGACAAAAUCAACAACGCUCUCAAAGUGGAAGAGAAGAAGAACCACCAGAAUCGUAUAGUUGCCCCCAGGGACCCUCCUCCUCCACCUGUUCCCCCUCUACCUCCUCGCAAAACCUCCUACACUCCGUCCAAUCCUCUACCUCCUGUACCAAUCCCUAAAGACAGAGCUGUCUCCUUAAUGGCCAAAGAGAGCUCCAAACCCGAUAGUUUUAGGGGCGGGUUUGACCGCGUGGACCGGCCGCCGUCUUGGUGCGAGAGCCCCACCACCAACAGCAUGAGGCAGACCAUGUUCUCCAGCCAGGCAGGACAAAGAGAAUACCUCAUCAAACACCGCCUGGGAAAGAAGGAGAACGAGUAUGUGGACAUCCGGCCCUUCAGGUUCUUCACGGGCACGUGGAACGUCAACGGCCAGUCUCCAGACAGCAGCCUCGAGUCGUGGCUCCACUGUGACCCCGAAGCUCCUGAUAUUUAUGCUCUGGGUUUUCAAGAAUUGGACCUGAGCACAGAGGCUUUCUUUUACAUGGACUCAUCCAAAGAGCAGCUGUGGGUAGAAGCUGUGGAAAGGGCCUUGCAUCCAAAAGCCAAGUACAAGAAGGUUCGGAUCAUACGACUAGUUGGGAUGAUGCUUGUGGUGUUUGUCAAGAAGAUGCACAAGAAUCACAUAAAGGAAGUGGCUGCAGAACAUGUGGGCACAGGAAUCAUGGGAAAAAUGGGGAACAAAGGAGGCGUGGCAGUGAGGUUUGUUUUCCACAACACGAGCUUCUGCAUCGUCAACUCCCAUCUUGCAGCACACGUGGAAGACUUUGAGCGCCGCAAUCAGGAUUAUAAAGACAUAUGCGCCCGCAUGACCUUCCACUUGCUGGACUACCCCCCUCUCAGUAUCGUCAAGCACGACGUGGUGAUCUGGCUCGGGGACUUAAACUAUCGUCUUUUUAUGUACGAUGCUGCUGAAGUCAAACAUCUGAUUGCUCAGAAUGAGCUAAAGAAGCUCCAGGAGGUUGAUCAGCUGAACAUUCAGAGGCAGACAAAGAGAGCCUUCACCGACUUCCAAGAGGGAGACAUUACUUUCAUUCCCACGUACAAAUAUGACCCCAAAACAGAUCGAUGGGACUCAAGUGGGAAGUGCCGCGUUCCAGCUUGGUGUGACAGGAUCCUGUGGAGGGGCAACAAUGUCAAGCAGUUAAAGUACCGAAGUCACAUGGAGCUGCAAACCAGUGACCACAAGCCUGUCAGCUCCCUCUUCAGUAUAGGGGUAAAGGUGGUGGAUGAACAGCGGCACAAAAAGGUGUUUGAGGAGAUUGUCCGUGCGAUGGACAGAAUGGAGAACGACUUCCUUCCAUCUGUAUCUCUGAGCAGGAGAGAGUUCACAUUUGAGAAUGUGAAGUUCCGGCAACUUCAAAAGGAGCGAUUUCAAAUAACAAAUGACGGGCAGGUACCCUGUCACUUUGCCUUCAUCCCCAAACUCAAUGACACGCAGUACUGCAAGUCCUGGCUGCGCGCUGAGCCAAGCGAUGGAUUCUUAGAGCCGAACGAGACCCUAGAGAUCUAUCUGGAGGCGUACGUCAGCAAGGACUCUGUCACGCUGCUGAACUCUGGAGAAGACGCGAUAGAGGACAUUCUGGUGCUCCACCUGGACCGUGGCAAGGACUACUUCCUCACCAUCUCCGGCAACUACCUGCCCAGCUGCUUCGGCACCUCGCUGGAGACUCUGUGUCGCAUGAAGAAGCCCAUCAGAGAGAUCCCCAUCACCAAACUCAUUGACCUGGGAGAGGACAGCUUCAUGGAAAAGGAAAAGUCCAAGGUGAACUUCCUGAUGGUGGAUGGAGCAGCUACUGAGGACAAACCUCUGAAGAUCCCCAAGGAGGUGUGGGUCCUGGUCAACCACCUCUUCACCAAGUCCUGUGAUCAGGAGGACUUGUUCCAGACUCCAGGCCUCCAGGAGGAGCUGCAGAGUAUCAUCGACUGUCUGGACACCAGCAUCCCAGACUCCAUCCCUGGUUGUAACCACUCUGUGGCUGAGGCUCUGUUAAUUUUUUUGGAGGCUUUGCCGGAGCCAGUGGUGUGUUACGAACUCUACCAGCGGUGCCUGGAGUGUGCUCAUGACAGCCGCCUCUGCAAACAGUUGAUCUCCCAGCUUCCCCGAGCUCACCGCAACGUGUUUCGCUACCUAAUGGCCUUCCUGAAGGAACUUCUCAAACACUCACACAACAACAAUUUAACGGCCAGCCUCAUAGCUACCCUCUUCGCCAGCCUCCUCAUCCGACCGCCUCCCAACCUGGUGGGCAGGCAGACGGCACACGAGCGGCAGAAAGCCAUCGACUUUAUUCUGGGUUUCCUCAUGGCUGGAGAUGAGGACUAGCCGAGGUCAAAGAUUCAUCAGUUAGGUUUGGAGAUGAUUCCCGACCUGGACCUGGACCUGGACCUGGACCUGGACCUGGACCUGUAGGAACCACUAAUCCUUAUCCACCUGGUAUUUUAUCGUCAAAUGGGAGAGACCAGUGCAGCCGUUCUGCACUCUACCGUGUACAAACCCUCAUGUCAGAGGCACCCAAGAUCCUAUGAACCCUGAUGAUUUUAGGAAGUGUUAUAUCUUCAGUCCAUGUGCAGCGUGACCGGUUGCUGGAUUUGGAAGCACUUGGGAGACUUGUGAACUGAUGCCGAUGCACUUUCUGACGACCUAAAGAACCUGUGCCUCCAGACUAGUGUUGCCCUCGUUGUCAGCUGACACUUCUUCUUAUUUGUAGGUGCUCAUGCCAAAAUAACCCCUGAGCAGUGAGUGGUAUGAAUGUGAAAACACUAUGUAACUGUGGAUGCUAAAUGAAUGACUUACCUACACUAAAGAUUGGAAAAUGACUGUAUAGAGGAGUAGACUGAUUAAAAAAACCAAUAGACUUUAGUUUGAACUGGGAUAAUUGUGAAAAUUAGUCACUAAGAAUGUGUUAAACUUAAGAUAAUCACGACAAUCAUUAAGUUUACAGCAUUUUCGCUGAGGAGACAAUAUUAAGAUACCGAUAUAAGAGUUAUUUGUUAGCAUACCCUUUGUAUUUUAACUGUUAUUUAUAUAGUUUUUUUUUUCAUCUGAGUUUGCACCAUCACAGCAGUUUAUUUUUUGAUUUUACAACUUUUCAUCCAACAUAUUCAUCAGUUGUUUACUCCUUCUUAUAGAAAUCUCUCUGUUUGAAUGUUUGCCGUGUGAUUUCUUGUGAUUUCUCGUAAUUUCAGCUGUGAGCCUUACGUCUAGUUUUGCCAGUUCCUCCUGAGUUACAAAACAAGUCUGUUAACACACUAACUUCCUGGUUAACCGGAAUCGAGUGGAGACUCACUCUGUGUGGUUCUUGAUGUCUUAAAUGGUGUAGAUAGUGAUUGUUUUCCUGUUCCCUGUCUGUUUGAUUGUGUGGUGGUGCGAAUCUGUGAUGGUGUCUACAGUUUGUUAUGAAGCUGGUACUGUGGAGCUCUGUUUAUACAUUUUUUUGUUUUUCUCUCCUCACUUCUGUCACAUCUUAAAGCUUAAGCUCAUUGUUUUAGGACAGUGUUACACCGAGGCGCGGCUGUCGUGGUCCUCACGGUAAAUGCAGCGUUUUUAUAAGUAAUGCAGCCUUUUCGCGGGUGCAGGAUUUAAUGGCUCAUCACUCAUGCAGGAUGAAGCUCGUCUUUGCUCUUCCUUCUCGUUUGUGCCACAGAGGAGCUUCUUUUUUUUUUCCUGCAGCUAAUGUUGCAAAACAUGUCACGGUAGUUGAAAUAAGGAACUUCUGUGCUGUGUCUAAUGACCAUUUCCUCUUUAACAGCAACACCCAGGAGAUGUCAGCGCUCGCUUUCACAUUUAUGAUCUUCAUUUCCUCUGCUCAAUAUCUUGUGUAAUGUAAUGAUCCCUGAAAAAAAAAAAAAAGAAAAAAAAAAGAGACCUCCAAAGAAAACCUAACGUGAGCACAUGACGCAAAUGUGAAAACGCUGACAAUCACGGCACGCUCGUUGGGCUGAAGUGGCUCUUUUCCCGUGUAGUUUCUUCUGCCUCGUUGCCAUCGCUGUUUUCUUCUGCUGGCCCUUUUCAAGCCGAGCUUUUGCCAAACGUUGCUCGAUCCUGAAGGAGUGGUUGUGUGAGAUUCAGAUUUGGGAGAACCGCUUUACAGUAGCCAUCGUCUUCAGAAAACGCUACCGUCAACACAUCAAACAGAUAAAUCAGUGUAAUUGAUAACCUCUGAUUUUCCAACUGUUGUCUUAUACCACUGUACCAACUGGUGUAACGUCGUGGACUCAUUGUAUUUCUGUCUUCAGUUCUGUCAUAAAAUUAAGGUACAUCUAAAGAUACACAAGGAAACACUUUUAAGAUUUUUUGGUACUUUUAAUUUAUUUAAAAGAAAUAAAACUCUAUAAAGCUG